AUGGAUGUAGAGGAAAAGCCGCCCGCCGAGCAGGGACUGCAGCUCCUGGACAUCAGCUCCAACUCGCCUCCUUCUACUGAGCCCCGAGACGCGGAGGAGAGCAGCCAGCAGCCGGGGAAGCCUCCGUACUCGUACGUGGCUCUCAUCGCCAUGGCCAUCAAAGACAGCCAACACAAGAGACAAACCCUGAGCGGCAUCUAUCAGUACAUAGUGUCAAACUUCCCCUAUUAUGAGAAGAACAAGAAGGGUUGGCAGAACAGCAUACGGCACAACUUAUCUCUGAAUGAGUGCUUCGUCAAGGUGCCCAGGGAGAGCGGAGGGGACCGGAAGGGCAACUACUGGAUGCUGGACCCCGCGUUUGAGGACAUGUUUGAGAAGGGGAACUACCGGCGGAGGAGGAGGGUGAGGAGACCGUACAGACCCCCCAGCGUGCCUUCUUACCUGCAGCCGUACGUGAGCGGCUCCUGGAGCCUGUGCCCGCCCGGCUCGUCCCAGGCGGCCGGGUACCCACCCAUCAGCCGGAGCGCGUCCCCAAGCGGCCCGGCGAGCCCCUACUGCCAGCCCCCGCACUUCCACCACCCUCCCUACGGCGCUUACCACCGCCACCCGCCCGUGCUGGUUCCCCACAACGGGUGUCCGUACGGGGGAGUGACCCAGCCGAUGAGCCCGGACGGAGGCACCGUGUCGGUGGGCUGCAACUACCAGCAGUUCACCUCGUUCGGGCGGCAAGCGGAGGCGCAUCUACUGGACCAGUACGGGCUCUGAGGUCCAGACAUCCAGCACACACACAGUCGCAGUUCACCUGUUUCGGCAUUUCAGUGCGGCUGUGAUUUGUUCGCCAGGUAAAGCUGAUGUUAGCUUUACACCAUGAUGUAGAAUCACUGACUGUUGAUGAGCUGUUAAAUAAGCUGUUGGUUUGUGUUCAGGCUCAAGUUUGAGAAGCCAAAGAAUUACUGUCAGCUCUCUGAGGAGGACAGUGGAUUUAAAAACGAGGCCUCUUUUGUUGAAUAAUUGUUUUAAACAGGCUAAACCUCUGGAUUUUUUCCCCUUUAUUAUUAUUAAUAUUAUUGAAUAGGUCUAUGCAUUUUUUUUUACCAAGUUAUUUAUUUCUUUCCUUUGCAUGGUUUCUCUGAGCUGCUAUAAAAGUUGAUGACACUGAAGCACUGACCAGUUUUCUUAUUCGAUUCUGAAUGUUUAUUGGAUGUAAAAUACAUCACGUUUGUUUGAAAUAAAAUGUUAUUUUUGCAUCACA